GAGCAAGCCGCCGCAGCCGCCCGCCCGCCCGCCCGCCCGCCCGCCCCCCGGUGCUGCUCCUCCGCCUAGCCUCACUCCCCGUAGUCGGCAGGUACUAGGCGCUCCAGGCCUGCACGGCGGCGCAAUCAUGCCUCCGCUCUAGCUCCCUCUCCUCUCUGUUUUCGCCGCUUCUGGUUGGGGGCAGGGGAUGUCAAAUCUCGAUUCCACCGCCGCCGCGGUGGAGAGGGGGACGGCGGAGCGGGAAUCCACCGCCGCUUCUGUUCCAGCCUUGAAUGGUACACCGAAAUGCAAGGUGAAGAAGACGAAAAAGAAGGAUAAGAUGCAGGAACAGGAAUCCCCACCUGAUAUGGAUUCCAUGGUGGCAGCAGAGGCAGAGGAACAGGAAGAGGCAAAGGGAAGGGGGAUGGAGGGGCAGGAGGCCGCCGAUGCUGCUGCUUCUUGUAUAUCUCUGAAUGUGGCACCAAAAUGCAAGAAGAAGAUGAAAAAGAAUAAUAAGUUGCACGAGCAGCAGGAAUCCCCACCUGAUAUGAAUUCCACGGCGGCAGCAGAGGUAGAGGAACAGGGGGAGGCAAAGGGAAAUGGGAUGGAGGAGCGGAAGGCCACAGAUGCUGCUGCUUUUGCUCUAAAUGGUACACCAAAAUGCAACAAGAAGAAGAAGACAAAGAAGAAUAAUAAGAUGCAGGAGCAACAGGAACCACCACUUGAUUUGGAUUCCGCAGCAGCAGCAGAGGCAGAGGAACAGGGAGAGGCAAAGGGAAGGGGGAUGGAGGAGUGGAAGGCCACUGAUGCUGCUGCUUCUGUGUUGGAGGGGACACCAAAAUGUGAUGAUGAUGAGGAGGAGGCCAAGGUGAAGGAUGGUGUAAUGCUCAAGGAGGAAGCCACUGGCACUGUUGUUUCAGCUUCAGAGGGUACUCCAAAACGCAAGAAGAGGAAAAGAAAGAAAAAGAUGCAGGAGCAACCAGAGUCAAAACAGGCAUCGCCGGGUGUUGUUAGAGUGAAUAAAAUUGUGUCCAAUAAAUCUGAAAAUGGCUGUGCAGAUGGAAUAGAGGCAUCAGGACAUGCUGAUGUUAAUAUGGAUCCCAUAAAUGCAAACGUUGCUGAUGUUUUGAUAGAGAACUGCUCCGAGAACAGCAGCUUAUUGCAGGAGAGCUCUGCAGGAAGAAAGAGACGGAAGAGAAAAAGAAAGCGGGGUUCAUCCAUCAGAGGGCCAGGUUUUCAUGAUCUUAGCUGCAUAUGUGCUUCAUGUCUAGUUGAGGCACAUAAAGAGAAGAUCAAGAGUAUUUAUUCACCAAGAGGAUCGCUGGUGAGAUUUCAGAGGAAAAAACUUCUGAUAUUGGAUCUUAAUGGUUUGCUCGCGGAUAUAAACCAAGAUACCCACAAUGCACACAAGGCACAUGCAAAGGUUCGGGGCAAACUGGUUUUUAGAAGACCAUACUGUGAUGAUUUUCUGAGAUUUUGUUUCGAGAAUUUUGAGCUAGGAAUAUGGUCUUCAAGGAAAAGGGAAAAUGUCGAUUCGGUUGUUGAUAUCCUUAUGAGGAAUCUCAAGCCGUACCUACUAUUUUGUUGGGACAUGUCUCAUUGCACUGUUACGGGGUGCAACACAAUUGAUAAUAAGCACAAACCAUUAGUGCUGAAGGAACUAAAGAAGCUGUGGAACAAGGAGGAGCCUACUCUCCCAUGGGAGCAGGGAGAGUUUUCACCUUCAAAUACAUUACUAGUGGAUGAUUCACCCUACAAGGCUCUACGCAACCCGCCAAACACUGCCAUCUUCCCCCAACCCUACAGUUACCGUAACGAGAGGGAUGAUUAUUCCUUGGGACCUGAUGGAGACCUUCGGAUUUAUCUGGAGAGAAUUGCUUCUGCAGACAAUGUUCAAAAUUUUGUCCGGGAUAACCCAUUUGGUCAGAACUCCAUCACGGAGAGUGAUCCAAACUGGAAUUUCUAUGUGCAGAUAGUUAAUAAAGUGGAGAAGCAAGUAGUGGAUAAAGUGGAGAAGCAAAUAUUGGAUAAAGUGGAGAAUCAAAUAGCUGAUAAAGUGGAUAGUCAAAUAGCUGAUAAAGUAGGCAUAAAGGUUCAAUCAGCUUAAGUUUUGCUCGUGUUGCUUGGCAGAAGUUUUCCGUUGGGCCAGUGCAACCGUGUGUGGUAUUAGUUUAACUGUUGUUUCAUAGACAAAACUUGAUUCAAAAUUUUUUUGAUAGUUCUCUGUUGCUCCGUUUCCUGCUGCUGGUGAACUAAAGAAGCACAAGGGUGGUUCUCCUGUACUUUAGAUAUACCCUGAGGGCUGAGGGGCGAAUCAUUGUUUGCCUUGUAUCAAAAGUAUUACAGUGUUUCUGCAAGUCUGUAACUUAGUUACCAUUGGAAGUUUUGAUGACUGUAUGGUGCAAGGAUUUUUAAAUCUGCGGAGCUGUAAUAUUUCGCAAAUUGUUGUAAUUCAUCUCAAUUCCAUAAUUUUGUGCCAAUGACAGAGCCGAUAGUCGUUGCAUAAAGAGAGAACUGUUGUUCAGUA